AUGACGCUCGCGGCCGCCUCCUCGCUGUCCCAAUCCCGCGUCGCCGCGUCUGCCGGCGACUGGAGCCGCGCACACAGCCUGGCGGAGCAGGCAAUCGCCCUCGGCCAGAGUGAUGCUGCAAAGGAGGCCGCACACGUCGCGCGAGUGCUCGCCGCGGCAGCGAGCGGCCCGCGCGCUGUGCUCAGGGUCUCUGCGAGGCCGGCGGCGGCCGAGGUGAACAAGGCGUACCACCGGCUGUGCGUGCGCAUUCAUCCCGACAAGAAUGACGAUCCGCACGCGGCCCAAGCCUUCGCGGCCCUCACAACACCACAUCCGUCUGGCCCCUGA